AUGUGGUGCUACUUUGUCGUCGGACUAACCAUCGCCAUCUGUUGCCCCGGUUCGAUUUAUGCCGACUCUUCUUUAUCGGUGGAGCAGGUGAUUGCACGAGUGAACCGUGGACCAUUGUCAGCAUUUCGAAGCCGUAGCCGCGUCGGAGGUGAUCGGCCGACCGGUGCUCGCAUCGUCGGUGGUAUCGAGACGAGCAUUGAGGCGGUUCCCUAUCAGGUGUCGUUGCGGUAUUUCAAUAAGCACAUAUGUGGUGGAUCCAUCAUAUCCCACUCGUGGGUUUUAACGGCAGCGCACUGCCUGGACUGGUAUCCAAACAAUGACCAGAUUAUAGUUCACACCGGAAGUACGUGGCAGGCGGCUGGCGGUGCGCUACAUCAAGUGUUUUACUACCACCUGCACCCACAGUACGACAUCGAGGAGUUCCAGUGGGACGUCGCGACGAUUCGUGUGCAUUCGGUGCUGGUGGGCCCGGCCACGGUUGCCAUUAGGCUUCCCGUUGCACAGGAAUGGGCGAUCGGCGAGAACGUGACGGUAACGGGCUGGGGUUACGCCCGGCCGAACGGUGAUGUAGUUGACACGCUACGGAUGGUACAGCUUGUAGCCAUCGCCGCGGAAGUCUGCAAUGCCACGUGGACCGGCUACAUCAUGGAGGACAUGAUUUGUGCCGGCGGUAAGCGUGAGGAUGCCUGCGACGGUGACAGCGGAGGACCGGCGGUGCAGGACGGCGUCCAAUAUGGGAUUGUCUCGUGGGGUGCGAACGACUGUGGCAACGGCAUGCCCGGAGUGUUCACCAAUCUAGCGCAUCCCAGCAUACGCACGUUCAUCUACCGUACCACGAUGAUAUAA